CCUCGGUCUUGGUGGACACGCGCGCCCUCUUUCUCCUCCUCGCGCUCGGGAAUAGUCUGGUAAGACUAACAAUUCCUUGCUUUUCUUAAUUUCUAUAACAGUGGAAAGUUGAACAAGAACAUAAAAGCUGAACUCUCCGAAACGAACUUUAAAAAAAUAAAUGACUUUGGUUAACAGUUAAAAAAACGGUAUUUAAAAGCUUCAGACAACUCUGUUUCAGGAAGAUAUAGAACGCAGUAGAACGAGAGAAGACGAAGAGAGAAAGAGGAAGACAGACAGACAAAGAGAAGAGAAAAAGAGGAAAAGAAAAAAAAAGAAAGGGAAAGGAGACAAGCUGAGAGAGAAAAAAAAAAAGACAAGGGAAAGAGAGAGAAGCAAGAAGGAGGAGAACAAGGAGAAGAGAGAGAAAAAAGAAGAAGAAAUAAGGAGAAGGAAGAAAGAGAAAGAGAGAGAAGGAGAGAGAGAGAGAGAGGGAGAGAUCACCACCAACAUGGCUUCUCUCACUCUACGCCGUUUCCCCUCUUUCUGUCCCCUCGUUGCCAUCCUGUUCGUCGCUCUCUUGAGGGAAGUGCACGGGAUUUCCUGCGUGCAAUGCGAGGCUGACUCCAUCCCCGGCGCGCCUGACCCCCCCUGCAUCGCUAACCCCCCGCCCCCCCAGCCUUGCAACGGGUCCAUGACUGUCUGCAUGACUGUGAGAACCUACAUCCCCGCCGAAGAAGAUACUCGCCAGCUGGUAUCGGUCGUGCGUACGUGCGCGCCCUCAGACAUGGGCUGGGACUGCAAGAAGGGGCGUACCAGCCGGGGACACGUGCCCGAAGUGUGUCACGAUACGUGCUACUGGGACGGGUGCAAUCACGCCCAUGCUCUCACGCCCACGAUGCUCCUCCCACUCCUCUCGACUCUGGUGUGGCUGGGCUUCCAUCUCUGACCUUCCCGUCGCUUCCCCUGCCUUGGUUGAAUUGUUGAUUCUUGGCUUUACGGUUAUUUUUUUCGGUUGAUUGAAGUUCGGUUAUUUUAAUGGCAUGUUUUUUUGUUUUUUUUUAUAGAUUUUCAUAGAUUUUUUUUUUUUCUUUUCUGGGUCUGAUGUUUUGUUGUUUAUGAUUAUUAUUAUCACUUCUAUUAUAAUUGUUAUUAUUAUCGACAUUUUAAUUUUUUUGAGGGAAAAAAAGGUCGAAAAAAAAAUUGUGAAAUGAAUAUUUUCACUAUGUAAGAAAUGUGUGAGUCUGGUUUCGAUUAUAUCUUCUUCAGAAGAUGAAUUCGAAACCCGUUGUAUGCAUCACCUCUCUUUGAGAAUAUUUUAAUACUCGGUAACAUAUUUUUUACAUGUCGCAAGGAGGACUGUUUCUUAUUACUAUUAUUUAUGUUACUAUUAUCAUGAUUGUUAAUUAUAAAGUUAUUAUGAAUAUUUUUGUUGUUAUUAUUCCCAUGAUUAUUAUCAUUAUUAUUAUCUUUAUUUUAUCAUUAUAAUCAUCAUAAUUAUUAUUUUUUUAUCAUUAUCAACAAUAUUGAAUUAUGCCAAUGAUAAAAGUGUUGUCUUUUCUUGUUAAAAAAUAAUGUUUUUUGUCAUAUCGAUAACCAUAAUAUAUUUCCAGUGAAUGGAUUUAUAGGUAUAUACAUUCAUAUAUAUGUUGCAUGCGGAAGAAAAUAAUGUUGACAUAGUGUAAAAGUGUAUUCUAUUACAUAAUACUUUCAAAUAUCGAUGCAGCCACACGAAGUUACAGACACACACAUACAAACACACACACAAACACACACACACAUACACACACGCACACACACAAACACACACACACACACACACAUACACACACACAUACACAAGCAAACAUCCCAUAAAAAAUACACACCCGCACAGUCCAAAACACACACACGGAUCUCCACGAAAACACACUCACACACACAAGCUCACACACACAAGUACACACACACACACACACGCACACACAUCUGCUUUAAAAUCAAGUUACUUAGAGAAUUUAAGAGUAUGGAGAGGUUUUAUACUGCUUUCUACGACCUUGUGUGUGUUUGUCAGCCUGAUAUAGAAACAUUA